AUAGUAUUUCUUUCUCUUCCUCAACCAACUUCCUCAUCAUCAACAUCAUCAACAUCCAACAACAAUCAAUCAAUCUGUUUUUAAAUAAUAUAAAAGGAUGGAUACUAAGAAUCUAGACGACCUCCUCAACGAUAAUCAAAACAACAACAUCUCAUCUUAUUCAUCUCAAUUUUAUCCUACACCCGAUUUCGAUGGUGGUUUUGCUGAACCGAUCGACUCAUUUGACACUCAUAACCCUUUUGCUGACUUCAAAUCCACGAAUGAUUUUACAUCUCUCUCUUCACCCUCGCCGAUCGCUUCAUCUUCCACAUCCGCCUUCUCAACUCUGAACCAGAAUGAUUCAAAAACCUUUCUUGGAGCUACCAAUGCUGAUAUUGUCGAAGAUAAUGGGUCAAGUUCCUACCAACAGACCAAUCAUUUCGCAACUUUUGAUAUCCCUGGAUUAGGACAAGCUCAAUUGAAUGUAGAUGAGCCAGAAGAUGAAGGCGGAUUCGAUGGUCAAAAGCUUACCAUGCCUGAAACAUCAUUCUCACCUUACGAUCCCAGCGAUAAUGGUUUUACCGAUCAUGAGUCUACCCAAGCCAGCACUACUACAUUCAUCCCAGAUGAUCCUGCCUUCCAAGAUCAAGAGUCGAUUGAGAAUUAUAGUCCAAAUCCCACUAUCACCUCACCAAUCUCACCUCCACCACCUCGCGUCUUGCAGGAAACAUCAGCGCCGUCUACUACAUAUCGUGUGUCUAAUGAACCACCACCUUCUUCCGAGUCAUCUAAAUUACGGACAUCUGCUAGACCUCCCGCUCCACCGGCUCCUCUCAGUCAACCUGCUCCCUUCAGACCUUUUGGAGUAACAGCUACACUCACCUCUUACGCCGACGAAGAAGUAGAUGAGCCACUGCUGAACAGUUCUACCUUACGAUCUAUCAACAGCACACGCCCUCCUCUGCCUGAUAUCCUGGGAGGAGGGUCCUCAGCGGCUUCUAUGCUGAUGCCGGACUCUCGAGGUGCCCUCCCAGCUUUCAAGAAGAGUCCGAAAAAGGCAAGCAGAACGACCAGCUCGAGUCAAGCAGUCUCAGCCUCCCGAUCAUCUAAUUCUGCUCCCGCUAACUCGGUCAAAGAUCAAACACAGAGUGAGGCUGCCAAGCCCUAUAGACCUUUAGGCUUGAAGAUCGCCGAGGCCAAGCCGAUCGUGGCCAUCAUAGCUCCAGAAGACUCGGCUCCAAGUCCUUCAAACACACCUUCUCAGCUUCCCGCGCCGAAACUGGCGGAACCAGUUCUCACUACUUCCUCUCCACCAGAUCAGAUACCUGAUAUGACACCACCCACCAGUAAAGCAACUCCACCUGUGGAAACAAAACACGAUCAUGCCAAUGAGGAGCCACAGGGGACAAUAUCCGAAAACCACCCGACAAAUGAUGGCAGACCUGACUCAAAUAUCACAUCUUCUGUGCCUUUACCUGUAGAAAGCUCACAAGUUACAGAAACUCCUGACCAAAUCGCAAGUACACAGGAUGAGAGCCACAACAAGGACCUGACGGCAGACAAGUCCAAGCCUUCAUCAGGAACGACACCUAAUUUAUCCAUCAUCGUGCCUGCACCGCCUCAUUCACUUCCAUCUGUCGCCGUAAAGUCACUCGAUGACGAGGCGUCCCGCGGGCCCCAGCAACAAGAUUCCCAAGCUAAUGUAACUCAGACAGCUUCAGGAGCGUCAGCCGCGAACACGGUACACGAGGAUACGGCUAGUGCAUCCCACAAUGGAGCUCAUCCUCAGCCUUCAAAAGCUUCAGAUUCCGAUUCUGAAGAUGAAAGACCUUUGGCAUCUGUGCGCGAGGGCCUUGUUCAGCAACAGAGUGCAUCUUCAAGUGCAAGUCGCCGAGACCCGGCAACUGGAUUAACUCCAACUACUCCAGCUCAAAUUUACUUUGGCAGUCAAGAUCCCUUGCGACAUUUGCCUAUCCAACCGUCUGGCCCUCGAUAUAAAUGCAGUGUUGGUGAUCCUCAAAAAAUGGGAAUGAUCAAUGACAUUCACACAGUUUACACUGUCAAAACCAUGGCCACUGAUCCUAGUGCAUCUGGUCCCCUCAAAAACUCAAGCACAGUCCUCAGGCGGUUUCGAGAUUUCGUAUGGUUGUUUGAUGCGCUGACAAGCAACAAUCCUGGUGUGAUCGUUCCUCCUAUACCGGAUAAAAACUUGAGAAGUCGCUUUCAAGAAGGAUUCAUUGCUACUCGAAGGGUCGCAUUGGAAAUCUUCCUACAAAAAACUGCCAAUCAUCCUAUGUUGGUCAGCGAUCCGGAUCUAAAACUAUUUUUAGAGAGUGAUUCUUUUAGCUUAGAGAUCAAACAUCGCAAAGCAGACUCUUCUAACCAAUCGGGUUGGUUAUCCAAUAUCGCAGGUCCACGAUUCAGUGAGACCGAUGAUUUCUUUGAUCAUCGAAAAGCUUCACUUGAUACUCUUGAAGCUCAACUGAAGACCCUACAUAGCUCUCUCUCGGCGGCCUCCAAGGCGCGGCGUUCAUAUGCUCAAUCUUUAUCAGAGUUGUCACAAGCAUUGUUGACAUUAUCGACUUGUGAUUUAUCCAAGCCGAUUCGAAAUGCGUUGGAUAGAUUAGCAGGUCUACAUCGACAAUGUUAUGUUUGGUCAGAAGAGCAGAGUAAACAGGAGCUGGAAGGCAUCACCGCAACUGUGGAGGCUUAUAGUCGAUUGAUGAACAGUGUACGAUUAACAUUUAGUAGUCGAGUCAAAAGUUGGGAGAAAUGGCAAGCUAGUCUUAGUAAUUUGAAAAAAGUACAGAUGAAUCAUGAUAAAGCUAAGCGAUAUGCAGCCAACGAACAAUCAACUGGGCUCAAACAUUCCUUGGCAGAAUUACUCGAGGCUGAACGGAAAGCACAGGAUGUACGUAAUGAGUUUGGCGAUGUUUCCAAGUUAAUCAAAGCAGAAAUGCAACGAUUUGAUACAGAGAAAGUUGAAGAUUUCAAGAGUGCGAUUUGCGCCUAUGUUGACGGGAUAACUGAAAGACAAAAACAGAUUGUUCAUGUUUGGCAGGAGUACUAUCGUUUAUUACAAUCUCUGACUAAACAAAACGCCGAGGCAGCUGCACCACCUACCAAACCUGUUCAAGACCCGGAGUUGGCAAAUACAAACAAAGUGGCUGAGACAUCGGCACCGGAAACAACAGCUUUAGAUCCAUCAACACAAAUCACAUCAACUUCAAAUGAUCAGCCUGCUGCACCCACCAACGAAGAGACACUUGAUCCAUCUCCCUGGUCAAAUGAAACCUCACAACCUUCUCCAGCACCACCUCCACCUGAUCCAAUAGACAAUUUACCAGCAUCAAUUCUUGCUGAAUCUUCUGUUUUUCAAGAUAUAGUUUCAAAAGAUACAAAAACACAUGAGUAUCCCCAUAUGCCAGGAUUAGAGGCUGAUGAAGUUAGAGAGAAUUGA